GAUCGGUGCUAAAUGAUUCUUCAAGAAAUGCAGAAAGCUAUAGGUGCUUACAGGGAAGUGCUGAGGCUGGUGAGGCAACUUCCCAAGGACUCACGGCCUUACUACGCAAAAUACGCCCGAGAAAACUUCGUCAACUACAGAGAAAUCGACUCAAAUGAUCCAAAUGCUCUCCAAGAACUCCUUCAACGAACUUACAAUCAUUCCCUCUGGGUCCUCAAAAAGUAUUCGGUGGACCAAUCUGCGGCGGAUCGCUUGAAAAAUAUAUGCUCUGACUGAUGUCCGGCUUGUCUACCAACUGUUUGUUACUAUUUCACUAAGAGAUUUGUUCGUUUGUUGCUCUUUCUUU